AGCAACAGAGGUCUGGCCAGGGCAGCUCGUGUUCGUAGCAAUGAAGACCUUAGCUUGGCACGAAUACGCCGCCUAGAGGCAAGGUGGCAGAAGACAGAAGGGGUGUAUGUCAUCAGCCUGCUCUGCUGUUAUGGGACCUGAAAUUCAGCCACCAUCUGACCCUAAAGCCGACCAGCUCAAAUAUCUGGACCGUAAUACUGUUCAGUGGCUCGAAAAAAAACCAACCGAGAAGACAGGAUCCGUCAAGCAACCUGAGUUGGCCCCUACUUGGGCAGAGUUGACCAGAACUCGAACUUACUGCUCUCAAAUCCGGGUUUCUCAACCAUCGAAGAUCAGCAAAUGGGCUCUCCAUGCCUUCCCAUCUGAACGAGUAUGUGAAUUGGCUAAACCUCGGUCCUAUUCAAGAGGGUGGCAGCCUGAAGCCUGUCUACCAAUACCAGUGAGUAGAGCGUCUCUGUCAGCAGUGGCCUCCCCACGAACUUGCAGGCUCGCCCAGCCAAAGAAGCGGUAUUCUGCACCUGAACCGAGCUACACAUCUGAACCUCGACCUAUGACCCAUUUGACCUCAGCCCAUCUGUCCAUGCUAGCGAGUGAGUUUCCAAAAGCAGAGCAUCCGUUGUAUCAGAGACAGCGCUCAGCAUGCUGGCCAGUUUCCUUUGGAGCCAAGCAUUAUGUACCCUCCCAGAGACUUCUUAAACUGGCUCGCCCCAUAAUACGGAAAGAUCCGCUUGGUGGUUAUGACCCAUUUACUGUUAGCCAUGCAGCUCUCUGUGCUAACCCAUCUCCUCGGACAUUACAGCUCUCUGUACCUCUGCCUCGAAAAUGCUCUCCAAAGGUAUCACCCCACCACUUCUAGUCCCCAGAGAGGAGUUCGUUGUUCUUAGUUACAUCACCAAACGUCCCACUGAGAUCAUUUCGUUCCAAACAGCAGUAAAUUUGGCAGCUCUGCCUCUUGCCUCAGUUAUUAA